AUGUAUCCCUCAUUGACUCGCAAGGCAUGGAUGGUGGCAGCCUGUCUCUCCUCCGGGGCGCUGGCUCAGCUUCCCAAGCCCAUCAUGUCACCUGCAGUGCCCUUUGACCACACGGAUCCUAUUCUAUACCAGCAUCUCGGCUCGACUCCUAGCACUUAUGACCAGUGGGGAUGGGGAUGGCUUCCGCUCAGAUGCAAAGCCGUCGCCGAGGCGAGGGGCCUAAACCCAUACGAUGUCAACGUGUACAACGUACACUACGAGGACUGUGACCAGGCCUGGGUUAUGUGCCGCCACCAUGGCGCCCAAGUCUCGCUGGAUCAGAUGAUUGAUAACUUUGGCCGGCUGCCCGUGAGGUUGCGGAACAUUGUGCGCCAUCAGUUUGCUGUACCUGGUGAGGGUCUAGGGGCUUAUACAUACUCGGACUUGGGCGAUAUCGUCUUCACGGGUGACAUUGGACAUUUGCUCCGGUUCUGGGUCCACGAGGCUGGUCAUGCUGUUGACCGUAACAUCAAUCCUUCCCAGGGUGAUUACUCAUCUUCCCAAGCCUGGAUAAACGAGUACAAUAAGGACGGCUAUAUCUGCGAUGAAUACGCCAAGAACAAUAUGGCCGAGAAUUUCGCACAGGAGGUCAUCGUCGCCCUAUUCGACAAGGUCGUCCCAGGCGGCAUUGGAACCAUAGUUCCCAACUGGAACGACAUCUUCCACCAAUAUGCUACUGUGCAGGCGGUUAUGGGUGAUAUGCUGAUUCCCGGUGGCUUCUGCAACAGACACUUCGCGGAUGAUACGAUCGUCUGCAUGGGACCGGCUGCUGGGUGUGAGAAUAGCAAGAGGGAUUAUGAGGGGCUUAACUCGACCGAGACAUAUACUGCAGAGGCCGAGGAACCUACCGUUUGUACCCUUGCUUAA